GUCCAUAUGACGUCACGGGGCUCCGCCCUGCUGCUUCCUCUUUGACUGCGGCGGUGAGCGAGAGUCACCAUGAAGGCGUCCGGCACACUUCGGGAGUACAAAGUCGUGGGCCGUCUGCUGCCCUCUGCCAAGAACCCGGCACCCCCCCUGUACCGCAUGAGGAUCUUCGCCCCGAACCACGUGGUGGCAAAGUCCCGCUUCUGGUACUUCGUGUCCCAGCUGAGGAAGAUGAAGAAGGCCUCCGGAGAGACGGUCUACUGCGGCCUGGUUCACGAGAAGACGCCUCUGAAGGUGAAGAACUUCGGCAUCUGGCUGCGUUACGACUCUCGUAGUGGAACUCACAACAUGUACCGAGAGUACAGAGACCUGACCACAUCUGGAGGGGUCACCCAGUGCUACCGCGAUAUGGGGGCUCGCCACCGCGCUCGUGCCCACUCCAUCCAGAUCAUGAAGGUCCAGGUCAUCGCUGCCAACAAGUGUCGCAGACCGGCCAUCAAGCAGUUCCACGAUUCCAAGAUCAAGUUCCCUCUUCCUCACCGGGUUCUUCGUCGCCAGCACAAACCUCGCUUCACCACCAAGAGGCCCAACACGUUCUUCUAAAAGAUUCACUUUGUGCGCGAAAAAUAAAAAUGAUCUUUACAU